UCGUGAUGACGUGAAACGAACUCGGCCCAUGUUUUGUUAUGGUUGUGAAAGGACCAGAACCAGUCGAUUGCCUCAUACCCUGCCUACUUUACCCGUGCCCUUUCCUAUGUUUGUGUAAUCUGUCACUAGUUUGGAUACCACGAAAGUUAUGAUGCGUCUACUGUUAAAUAGUUGGAGAUGACACACAGGAAGAUUGAUUUAAGGCCAACCAAAUACGGAAAGUAAAUUCUAACGAAAUGUUGAUUGUAUACGAUUGUAGGACUAAUUUAAUAUCAAAUAUCCAAUGAAUGACAAGAUUGAUAAACCUAUUAAGUUGAGAAGAUCUUCAUGGUAUCUUUAUCUCAAUUCUAAAAUGACUAGCAUGACCUAUGACCGUCUGGAUGAGGAGAUAGGAGCAGAAGACAGUGGGCCACCAAAUCACAAGCAAGUUCUCCAUUUGGGCACAGCAGAAGAACUUACUUUGCAUGGAUAUCAGCUGUCUUCGUGGAAGGCUUUCUUUUAUUACCUCAUUUCUGUGAUAACACUUGGCUGCCCUUUACUCAUCUCUUAUUGGAAACCAGAAUGGGGUGUUUACUGGAAGAGAAGAAAAUGUUCAUUAUCCCAAGCAGACACUUUGGUCAUUAAGGAUGCUGAUGGUCAGUUGAUAGUUGUUCCAGUUGAGACUGAGGGAGUUGAUACAAAUUUUGAUCCCAAGUAUGCAGUGACACCCCAUUUUGCAAAUGGAGCUGCAGAUGGUUUACAAAAUGGAGCAACAGAUUCUACUCAUCUAACUCAGCCAGUUCAAAAGUGUAUGCGUUAUUUUGUAUAUCAGCAUAUCAGGUACCUUUGGAUGCCUUUUAAGAAGACAUUUGUGUGCUUACGUGGCUACGAUAACAACACCUGCAUAAGUUCCCUACUUACUGAUUUCCGUGGGUUUUCUCUUGAGGAACAGAUGCAAAGGCAACAGCUGUAUGGUCGAAAUGUGAUCAGUGUUGAGGUGAAGUCUUAUUUCAACCUGCUUGUCACUGAAAUUUUGAAUCCUUUCUACAUCUUCCAAAUUGCCUCUAUAGUGCUGUGGUCUUUUGAUAAUUACAUCCUGUAUGCUUCAUGCAUAUUUUUUGUGUCGUGUCUGUCUGUUGCAGUAUCACUCUUUGAAACUCGGAAGCAAAGCCAAUCAUUACAUGAUAUGAUAGAGGCUUCCAACACAAGUGAAGUCAUUGUUUUAAGAAUGACCAGUGAGAAAACUACAGUGGAAGCACAGACGAGCACUGUAGAUUUGGUCCCUGGGGAUGUUGUUGUUAUUCCUCCAAAUGGCUGCAUCAUGGCCUGUGAUGCUGUUUUGAUAUCUGGCAACGCCAUCGUUAAUGAAAGCAUGCUUACAGGUGAGAGUGUACCAGUCACCAAAACUCCUGUGACAGCUUCAGAAGAAAAGGAGAUUUAUUGUGCUGAAAGACACAAAAGACAUACAUUAUUUUGUGGUACUGAAGUUAUCCAGACCAGAUACUAUGGCACUGCUCAGGUUCUAGCAGUUGUUGUGAGGACUGGGUUUAGUACGGCUAAAGGGGAAUUAGUGCGGUCUAUUCUGUAUCCCAGACCAUUGGAUUUCAAAUUCUACAAAGAUUCAAUGAAAUUUAUUGGCUUCAUGUUUAUGAUUGCAUCAAUAGGAAUGUCAUACUCCUUGUAUGUUUACAUUAUGCAUAAGGAAGCAGUCAUGAAGACUAUUGUAAGGACUCUUGAUAUCGUAACAAUCGUUGUCCCUCCAGCUCUUCCAGCAGCGAUGACAGUUGGUACAUAUUAUGCCCAAAGUCGAUUAAAGAAGAAGGGCAUAUUUUGUAUAUCACCACCAAGGAUAAAUGUUUCAGGAAAAUUGAAAUUAGUUUGUUUUGAUAAGACUGGUACCUUAACUGAGGAUGGUUUGGAAGUAUGGGGUGUAGUUGAGGUUGAGCAGGGCAAAUUAGGUGCUCCUGUUAUGGAUGUAUCAAGUAUCAGGCAUACUUCCCAUCUUAUUGCUGGCAUGGCAUCUUGCCACUCACUCACAUAUUUACAUGGCAAUCUCACGGGUGAUCCUUUGGAUGUCAGAAUGUUUGAGGCAACAAAAUGGGCAAUGGAAGAACCAAGUGAUGAGGACACACAGCGCUUUGAUAACCUUAUUCCCACAAUUGUCCGACCUCCAACAGCAACCUUUCCAACUACCCCCUGUCCUAAUCCCGUUCCUUCUGCCCUUUCAUCUCAGAACUCACUCCAGACUCUUGGUCAUCCAUCCUCUCUAGUCAUAGCUUCUGAAAAGUCCCAGGCUUGUACAUCAUCAUCAUCAUCUCAGUCUAACUCACUUUCAUUAAUUCUUAAUGUGCAAUCUCAACCUCUUGCUAUUUCACCAUCAGUUGCCAUCCCUUCUUCUUUUCCUUUGUUUCCUUCAUCAUGUCCUGUGUCUCAUAAUUCAAUGUCGUCAUUUACUCAACCUUUUUGUCAUUCAUAUCACUCUUUUUUACAUAGUUUGCCUUCAUCUCAUCCACCCCAAGCUCCUCCCUGUUCCCCAUUAAGUGUCCGUUCCAUGCCUCAUCCCACUGACACUGUGUGCACUCCACCUGAAAGCACUGCUAGUGUACUGCACUUACACACUAGUGAUGGUGAAGGUCCUACUCAGAGUGAGAACAGAGAUGCCUCUACGACUCAGGAUGCCCAUUUUAUGGAGCAGACCAUGGAAGAAGCAAGCUUAGGAAGCUCCAACUACGACCAGGUUGCUCCAGCUGUCGUUCGUCCAUGUAUAAAGGAAUCGUAUAUUGACCCACCAGAUAUUGCAAAUGUUGUCGAGACAGCCAUGCAGGUACCUUUUGAAAUUGGUAUUGUUCGCCAGUUUCCCUUCAGCAGUAAUUCUCAGCGUAUGUCUGUGAUAGUACGUGUGCUUGGUCGACAGUACAUGGACCUUUAUGUUAAAGGAGCUCCAGAGGUUAUUCAGACUCUUUGCAAUCCUGAAACAUUACCAGAAGACUUAGGCAGCAUUCUUACCCAGUAUACAGUUCAAGGUUUUCGAGUAAUUGCCCUUGCUCACCGAACCUUGGACACUAAGCUCUCAUGGCAUGCUGCUCAAAGAAUCCCAAGAGAUCAGGUCGAGAAGGAGCUGACAUUCAUAGGCCUGUUGAUACUGCAGAAUAUGCUGAAACCUGAAACGACUCCUGUGAUUCAUCAGCUUAAAGCCGCAAAUAUACGUUCGGUAAUGGUUACAGGUGAUAACAUCCUGACUGCAAUCAGUGUUGCACGUGACUGUGGCAUGGUUGAUGUUGCUGACAGAGUCUUGAUGGCAAAAGUUACAUCUCCCACAUCUAGUCAGGCCUCAACUCUUACUUUUGAGCCAGCAGACACUCCUGAUAUCCUUGUCCAGCAUGCAGAUAUGACAGAUAAUGGUGAUGUUGCUGUACAACUAGAUAGCCAUAAGGCAAGAUAUCAUUUAGCAGUAACAGGCAAGGCUUGGGGUCUCAUUUGCCAAUAUUUUCCUGAUCUAGUACCAAGAAUCGUUGCGAGAGGGACAGUGUUUGCCCGUAUGUCUCCUGAUCAGAAAGCCCAGCUAGUAGAAGAAUUACAAGCUAUUGACUACAUUGUUGGCAUGUGUGGCGAUGGUGCCAAUGACUGUGGGGCUCUCAAAGCUGCACAUGUGGGAAUAUCAUUGUCAGAAGCAGAAGCAAGUGUAGCUGCACCUUUCACAUCUCGUACUAACAAUAUAGAGUGUGUACCAAGGGUUGUGUGUGAGGGACGAUGUGCUCUAACCACCAACUUCUCCGUCUUCAAAUACAUGGCCCUAUACAGUAUCAUUCAGUUCGUGUCUGUUCUAAUCUUGUACACGGCUUACUCUAACUUGACAGACCCUGAAUUUCUGUACAUUGAUCUCUUCAUUGUAACUGUAGUAGCUGUCUUCAUGGGUUACACUGGUGCUACAAACAAGCUUGUGCCUGAAAAACCGCUUGGAAAUCUUCUGGGAGCUGUGAACCUAUUUUCAGUUGUAUCACAGAUCUUACUUGUCAUCCUUACCCAAGUUGCUGCUUACUACUAUCUCCAACAACAACCUUGGUUUGUGCCAAAUACCCCUACCCCUGGUGAAGAAGCUGACAAUACAAAAAGUUGGGAAACUGCAGCCAUUUUCUAUACAUCAAGUUUUCAGUACCUGACAUUGUGUUUUGUUUUUUCUCCUGGUUAUCCCUUCCGCAAACCUGUUUAUACUAAUGUGUGGCUGACAAUAUCAUUAAUUUCACUCACUGUGACCAGUUUGCUGAUGCUUAUGUGCCCCUGGCCAUGGUUGAUGAACUUCAUGCAAAUUAAGAGUGAUCCAGAUGACCUCCUUAUAGCAUUUAGAGUAACGUUACUGCUCAUUGUAUGCACACACUUUGUUUUAUCGUUGUCUGUUGAGUAUUUUCUGGCAAGCAGCCGAUUCCUGAAGAAGUUCUUCCAGUGGAUAACAUGUAAGAGGGCUCCCAAAAACAAAUACAAGCAUGUUCUUCAAGAGAUGGAAGAAGAUUGUAGUUGGCCCCCAAUAGGGACAGUCAUAUAUGGAUCUCAUGAGACAUGAGUUACAAAUUUUUAUGUGGUUUUACAGGUUGCUACUCUACUUGAAUAUAAAGGUUUAGUGUAUAUCUCUCUGUUAUGUAACUUAGUCAUUUAUGUGAUUUUAACAAGAUCAGUAGAUUUAUUGUCACUGUACAACAUGCUUUUAACCAGUCAUGGAAUGCAUAGUUUUCUUUUUUUUUCAAGUAAAAAAGUAUAUUUUUUAGCUUUUUGUAUCAAAGAAUGGCAAGAGCAAAUUAGGCUUUACUAUUUUUAAUCAGCAGUUAUAUAUAAUGUACUCUCUGAUUUUGUUUCUGUCAAUUAAUUUUUCAUAAUAGAACCAUGUAAGUAUUUGUGCUUGGAUUGGCAAAGUAGCUGUUAUUUUUAAGUUCUACAUUUCUAAAGAUUUUACUAUUUAGGUAUAUCAUAUACCAUAUAUAUGUUUACUUAUCCAAAGAGUAUCAUCUGGUCGAAUGAUUAUUAGUCCAAUGUACAUAAAAAUACUUGAUAGGAUAAGUAAUUUACUUUAACAGAGAGAUGUUGUACAUGGCAACCCAGGCAGAUGCAUUUUAACAAUACAUAAAAAAAAUUCUAGUUGGUUGUGAAAUCUGUGAAAAUUUAAUCAUGUAGCAGUCUUUGUAUUAGAUUGGUUAUGGUCUAACUAAAUUUUGUUAACCAAGAAUUUGGUUCAUUAGAUUUAAAAAAGACGAUAAUAGAAGUAAUAUCAGUAAAUUGGCAUGUCAAUAUUUUAUUGAUAUAUAAAUGCCAGUAUAUAUUAUUUAUAUAGCAACAAAUGGGUGUGUAUUGGAAUUAUUGUGAAUGUUAAGACUGUAUUUCCCAAAGUCAAUAUUUGUCAACUGCACAAUAAUCACCCAAGUGUCUUCUUUAUUUUAGGAAUUUUAUUAUAGUAAUAAGAAUGAUACAUGUAUUUUUGUAAACUAUUUAACUUUGGCUGUAAAUUUUUUGGUAUGGCCUUAAAACUUCUGCAAGAGAGGUGCCUUAAUUCUUGAUGUCAGUUAAUAUUAUUAAUAUAAUUAAACUAGUAUUUCUAAGGUUCUGUACUAUCACAUUAUACAGUUAUAGAAUAUUUGUAAAAUGCACAAUGAUUUACUGGAUGCAUCCAGUUUCAAGUCACAUUUAAUGUUACAGGAAGCAAUAGCAGUUUGCAUAGCAAAUGAUUAUGUAUUCAUAAGUUACAGAGGUAGGAUUAUAUUUUUCAAUGUUUGUAGCGAAUGCUGGCUAAUAUACAUUAUAGUACUCUAUGUAAUGUAAAAUAGUGAGUUUUAAUGUUCAAAAUUAUGGACUCAUGUACUGUAAUUGAAGGAAACGUUUUUAUGAGUGAUUUCUUGAGCUACUAAUAGUGCUGUAUCAAUUUUGUUACAAAUGUGAGUUUCUUCUUAUUUUUUGUACGGUUUUUUUACUAAAAAAAUGCCUAAUGUAAUUUCCAAGUUCUUUUGAAGUUUUAUGACCCAGGACACUCAAAAUAAGUAUACAGUACACAUUACUGUAUGAAAUCAUUAGAUAAUUAAGAAAACAGAAAUGUAAUAGGUAUGCCAUAAAAACAAAAACAUUAGAACUACCACUGCUGAGUUUUAGCAGUGCAUGGGAAAGUAAUAAGGAAAAAGACCCUUGGUGUCUGUUAAACAGAUAGCUUGGGACCAGCUAAUAGAGUUUAAAGGAAUUUUUGGGGGAAGGCUGACCUUCCCAGGUGCAUACCCAUAAGGGGUGUUAGAGAUUGAUUCACUUUAGUUUUCCUGGUACUCAAGUAUACUUAGGGGAAAGGUGAAUUAGUCUCAUAAUAUUGUCCUGACUCCAUGUAUUGUUAUGCUGUGUAAGUUCAUGUAAAUGUAGAAACAAUAAGGAAUCUUUGUUUGAAUUCAAUUGCUCUGUGGCUAUGUAAUUCAUAAUGUGGAUAAGUCUGUCAUGCAAAGUCUUUCCUCAUGUGUUUAUAACAGGUAUAAAUCACUGUACAUAUAAGCCACAAGGGUGUCAAGAGUUCCACAUAAGUUGAUAUCUUGCCUUAUCUCCAGCUGUGUAUUUCAGGUGUUGCCAGUAUGAAAGUAGUAAUUUAUCAAACCGCCCUUGGCUAUCCUCUUUCAUUGUUAAAGUCUAUAGUUAAAUUAUUGGUGUUCGGUAUUCAGUUUUUUGUUAUCUAAACUGGUAAUUUCAUAGCACUGUUUCUUUAAAUAUUAAAUCAUCCAGUCUGAAUUUUACUUCUACAGUUUCAAUAUUUUUACCCUGUACCUAGAUUUUGGAUGAAAAAAUUCACUUGUUCUGUGUUUUUUCAAGGUGUUGCUUAAACAUUUCCCUCCAUAUCUGCACAAGUAUUUGAAUUAACUUGACAGACAAUGGCACAGCUUUCCAUUUCCUCAAAAACCCUAGAUCUCAAUUUUAAUAGCAUAACAGUAAAAAAGUUUUGCUAUCUUUUGAAUUUUCCAAGUUGAUGUUGUAAGAUCUCUGCAAAACUUAUAGAAAACUUUUGACACCUCUAGCUUUUGUUACGGUCAUGGGUUUCAAAAGUGUGAUACAAGUCUCUGCUUGCUGCUCACACUUCUGUCUACAACUUUACUCCACCUCUUAGUAACUUGGUUUCCAUCCUUCUGUCAUAUUUCAUCAAUAUCAGUGUAUCUUGAUAAUAGAGCAUCUGCUCACUUCCACAGCCUGUAUACUGGCCCUGGCUUGUGUUUUUCUCAAAAAGUGAUGUUCUUCAGUUUAUCUCUUUAUCUAAACAUUUAUCUACCAAUGAUUUACCCCUAACCAGUCGAUAUUUCAAUUGUAUUUUGCAUUUCUUCUUUCCUCCCUUUCCAAUAUACCGGUAACUUUGUUAGGUAGGAAUUUAUUUCAGAAUCCUCUAUUAACACCUCUGGUAUUCAGAUUUAUUUUCUUAGGUAGGUCUCACUUACAUUAGAAAUUUCUGCAGAGCUUUUCACCUUUUAUAUUAAACUUUAUAAUCUUGUAUGGUCCAUUUUUUGUAAUAUAUAUCACAUUUUUGGUGUAUUUUUCUUUCUUGCUCUGAAGAAUGAUUUAUUGUAUCUUUUUAUUUCCCUUGUCAGUAACUAUAAUCAAAGGUAAUUUAUCUAGUCAAUGAACCUAUCCACAUUUUUGUGUUUUCUCUUUUGUCAUGAGAUUCACUUGCUUUUCUAUUUACUGGUAAUAUUUUAGUGAGUGGUCUGGUGAACUAAAAGACUGAACCACUCCACAUUGAUUAUUAAACAACAGUCUUAUGUAAUCUUUUCAUCUUGUGAAAUUCUCCUUAGCUUCCUGUGGUGCUUAAAGUAUUUCCAUUUUCAAAAACCAAGUCAGUAUCAUAUGUCGUUGUUGAAUCCUCGCCCCCUUAUUCUUUCUCAACAUUCGCUUGUUAGUGUGAAUAAUGUCCGAAUAAAAUUCAACUGGUAAAUUUUUUGGAGAUUAUCAUUGUUGAAUAUACACAGAAGCUGUUUUUAAUGUUGCUUGAACUGUAGAGCAAUCUGUUAAAUUUGAGAUAUUUGGUUAUGAUGUACUGAAGAAAAGAAACUUAACAGGAUAUUUUAUUUCAAUAAAAUAAAUCUUACAAUGCCUGUAUAGUCACUGAGUUGGCUGUCACUGUAGUCAUAUUAGGUAAUAGCUAACAAAACUGCCACAUUUGCUACACAGUAAAAAUAUUUCCAUAAAGUACAAUUUUAUGGUAGAGUCCAUUGAAUUUUUAAAAUUUCAUCUACAUACAUAGUUGAUGUUUUCUGUGUAUGUGACCAGUGAAGUCAUUUAUUCUUCUUGACUCUUAUAGUUAACUACUGAAACAUUGUUUGAAUCACUUGGAAAACUCAUGAUAGUAGCAAUAAGUGCCUGAAGUUGAGUGAUAGUUGCAAGAAUUUGACACUUGCAUUUCAUAUCAGUCAGACAGAAAGUAAUUUUUCGAAUAAAUUCUUCAAAUACAUCAUUUGAACAAUCAUAAUCACAUAUUGUCAGGAAAGUAGAUUCACUAAAUAAUAGAUUUACAGUUGACUUUGGUGUUCAAUAACAGUUGUCAGGCCUGUCCUGUAGUAGGUUUUCUAACAGCAAACCACACUUAAAAACAUUUGCAAUAUCCCUUUAGGUAUUAAAACUGCAAAACAGGAACCUGCUUCUUACACAAAGCACAAAUGUUACUGUAGUGAUUAUACUUUCUGUGAUACCUUUCAAGUGUCUUUGGGAAUCAAAGCACUAGGUAUUACAUAGGAAAGUUACAGUAAGCACUUGUUUAAUGCACAUUCUAAACAUAAAUGUGCAAAAUAAAGGAAUUUUAUAUGCAAAUGUGAAAAGAUAUUGCAACACAAUCAUGAUGGAUACACAAAAUAUUAAACGAUAAUAAUGAUGGCUACGUUUAAGGAGGGAUGCAUGUGGUUGCAUGUUCAUUCACUGGUGACACAAGAAACAAAAGGUGUUGAUCAUUCUAAGUGUACGGGUAACAUUCACACCAUAGUGAUGAUGGAUGCACAAGAUAUUCAGUGAUCAAAAAAAACCCUGAAGUAGCAGGUCAGUCACAAAAGUUGAGAAUCAUUUGCAUGAGUGAUUGUAUUACCUUUGUACACAGCUCAUAGCACACCCUUCUAUCCUACUUACUUUCCCAUCACCUAUUAGCAUCCACUCCAGGUUUGUCUUAUGUACUGCUAAACCGGAAUGUUCAUGUCCAAUCAGGUGUAGGGAAGUUUUUUUUGCCAUACUUUGGGUGAUUCAGAUGGUACCUGUAAGAUUUUACAAAGGUGAAUUGAUCUUUUUCUUUUGUUUAGCACGUAAAAACAAUUUUUUCAGACUUACAUUUAAAUUUUGUUAGCUUCAGUAGAAAUUUAUAGUCAAGUAGGUACUUUCGGUAUAGCUAUAAUUAAAGAUCUUAUAACUUUCUACAAUUACUUAUUAAAAGAUCUAAUUGUUUAGUCAGAGUUGUGGUAUUUAACAGUUAUUUAGUUAGGGUUGUGGUAUUUAAUAGUUAUUGAGUCAUUUACCAAACAGAAAUUGCAUGGGUGUACAAUUGAAUAUGAUUAAAUGAAAAACUUGCAUUGCUAUAUUUUGAAAAGAAAACUUUUUAUCACAGGAAACUAAUGUCUACAAAAUGCAUAUAUUUAGUAAUCAAGCAAUUGUAAAAUUUAGAACCAGCAAAAGUGUAUAUUAGUAAUAAUUAGAAUGAUGCUAGAAUAUAUUCCAUUAAUACAGUUCACCUAAACAUUAUUGUGGGAUAUUGAUGACAAUCCCCAGAAUGUUUUUUGUCUUGUCUUUAUAUUAUAGUCCAAUAUAAGUUUUGUUUACAUCACUAGAUUGAGACUUUUUUUAAUUAUUUUUAUGUAUCCCCAAGAGGAACAGAAACAAUACCCAUAAGGAGUGUAAAAUUACCCCCAGAAACUGUACUUAACAGUAGAUCUUAAAAAUUACGUAAUAUUUUUAUUUGGUUUAAGAUAUGUAGUAGUAGCCAUGCGAUGGUAAUACAUUUCAUUGUAAUUGUUUUCAGCUAGUUGUAUAUCAAAUUAUAAUUACUAAUUAUAAAUAACUGGCUUUUUGUAUGUAUAAAAAGAAUAGCAAUCAAAUUACUGCUACUUUAAAAUCAAAAUAAUUGUUAGGGGAAAGAUUUCAGUUUAUGGAAGAUAACUGCUGCAGGGUAUGUAAUGUCAGCAACAUUAAACUGAUUCGGUCAUCAAAACAACAGAAUUAUUAAACCCAAAUCUGGUGGAUCUCCUAAGCCCCAGCUCUACUUUAGAGAAUUUGCUUCCUCAUGCACAUACAUUCUGAUCAUUUCUGAAGCUGUGAAAUUAUCCAAGAGAAGAAACACUAAAACUGCAUUUAAUUACAUAGGAUAGAUAACAGUGCCUAACACUUGUAGAAAGAUAACAGUGCCUAAAACUUGUAGAAAAAGAAAUAUAAUUAUGGGUCACCAGGAUAAUUUUCCUGUUUAAAUUUUUGUUGGUUUUAAAUUGCGAACAUGUAUUGAUAAUUUUUUUUAUUUAAAGAAAUUUAGGUAAUGUUUGUAAGUAUUUUGUUGUGAGCUUUCCUUUCCAUGUGGUAUUCAGUAAAAACACUUCUCAUUUUUUAAUGAAAACAUAAAUUUUAAAAAGUUACAGGAAUUGAGUAAAGCAGUUAGUAAUACAAUGAGAUAAUUGUUCCCUGGCAUUUUCAGAGAUAUUGUCUGUGAGACAAUUUUUUGUAUAUAUUAGGUAAUAUCAGAAUUUUGAUACAUAUUUUUAUCCGUGGUAUAUAGUGUAUUUCAUUUUAGAUUAUUUUUUUUUAGAAAAAUAAUAUUUUACCUUAUACAACUGCUUAAAAUAAAUGUUUUAUAUUGGAUUAAGUAAACAGUUUAAUUGCCAUAUCCUAAUUUUUAUCCUACAUACUCUGUGAAGAAAAAUUUGUCAGUGAGUGCCAGGAAAUGAAGCAUAUUUGAAUUUAAUCAAUUAGUACAGAUAUUUUACUGUAUUCCAUUUACAUUUUUUAAGCCUGCAGCAUUCAUGGUAGUUUCAAGGUUAAAUUUUAUCUCAUUACAUUUCUUUAGCAUUAGUUUUAUUGUACUCAGGUUAGCCAUCAGAACUUCAUAUAAAGAAAAGAAUAACCCAUGAAAAAAUUAAGACAAUGCUACUGUAAUUUUUCUUGUGUUUUCUGUAAUAUGCUUCUGUAAAUUCUUAUUGUAUCUGCUCUAUAAAGAUAUAUGCUACUUUAAAUUGUAUAUGUAUUUUUUAUAAUAUAGUAAAUUGUGUAUAAAGUGUU